AGUUAACAGGAAAAAAAAAAAAAAAAAAUCGGCCGGCAGCACAAGUUCGUGGUGGACUGCUUUCUGUCUGCCGAGAGCAACGCUUAUCCUCUUGCGAAGUUUUCCGUUGUUAGUCUCGGCGUGCCUAAACAACGAAAACUAAACCGAAAGCAUUGUACACACCUCGCUUUACUCGUUAACUAGAAGAUCAUGUGCCAGCAGUCCAGUAAUACAAGUUCCUGAUAUACAGAUCACCAAAUAUAGAUGACCUCUGACCAGGCAUUAUCAGUCCUGAUAAAUAUGUAUUUUAGCUUUUGACGAGCAAGCGUUUAUUUGUAAAUGUUACAGUUUGCCAUGGCAUUGAGACAAACAAUCAUCCAUCUACAGAGAGCGCUUGGAAAAGCCACACAUAGUCAUGUUUUGCAGAAAACUUUGUUCUGGAAAAGAGAAUUCACCUACAUGCACGGCAGUGAUUUAUCUAGAGGAAGGUCUGUUCGUGUGGUUGAUCUAGAUCAUCAUGGUAAAACAAUUACAGUCACCUAUAAUGAUGGAUCCCAGGCAAAGUUCUGUACCCGUUUUCCAAAUGAGUUUUUACAGCCAGAAAUAUUUUCACUUUCUUUUGUUUAGUGGUCCAAUGACAUAUAUGCAUCCAAAGCAUGCUGAAGUUUCUGCCUCUUGAUCUGUGUGUGUGCGUAUGUGAAAGUUAACAUGUUACAGGUUUGCAUUCUUAGGUUUCACAGUGUAUGGCUGAGGCACAACUGUCAUUGCAAUCAUUGCCGGCAAGAACAUAGUGGCCAGAAGCUGAUUGACCCAGCCACUGUUCCUCAUACCAUCUGCAUAGAGGAAGUCCAUCUGCGAGGUAGGAUUCCCCCUUUCAUGCCCAUAUCAUUUACUUCUAUCAUGCAUGACAAAGUAAAUGAUUUUAAUCAAAUUCAGUUUGAAGAAAUCAUGUCCCAAACUUUUCCAGAUGACCAGUUGGAAAUUAAAUGGAAUGGAGAAGAAAGCUCACAUAACGGCAGCAUUGCACUCUCAUAUCUCCUCGCUAAUUGCUACUCAGCUGAUUCCUGAGAGCGAGGCGGGAAGCUGUUAAGCUGGAUUCUCAUGUACAGUUAAAUUUUGUGAAAACAGGAAUUGCCAGAAAUUCAGUAUGAUGACUUCAAGAACUCGAGUUAUGGAGUCUACAGAUGGCUGAAACAGGUAAAUGAAUCAGGUAUUUGCCUGAUGACUGGAGUGCCAGCAGAGGAUGAUAUGGUGCACAAAGUAGCUGAACACAUUGGCCCUAUCAGCAGUACAAUAUAUGGCAAGACAUUUGAUGUAGUCAGCACACCAAAACCAAUCAAUGUAGCAUACUCAAGUGUGGCUCUGGACUUCCACAUGGAUCUGAUCUACUACGAGUCACCACCUGGAAUACAAUUUUUGCACUGUCUUAGAUUUGAUGACUGUGUAGCUGGAGGAGAAAGCCGUUUCCAGGAUUUGUUUCACACAGCAGAACGAUUUCGGCGGAACAGCUCUAAACAUUUUGAAAUUUUAACCAGAAUACCAGCAACUUUCCAGAAAAUACACUAUUCCAGAAAUUUCCCAGUGGAAAUGAAAUAUCAGAGGCCUAUAAUUAUUCUCAACCAAUACAAAGAAAUUGUUGGAGUUAACUGGAGUCCAUCAUUUGAAGGCCCCCUAGCUACUGAAGAAGAGAAUGUGGAACCUUUCUAUGCUGCCUAUGAAGCAUUUGCAAAAGCCAUCAAGAAUUCAACAAACAUCCUGGAAUACCGAUUGCAACCAGGUGACCUAAUUAGUUUUAACAAUCGGCGUAUUCUGCAUGCUCGGAAUGGCUUUGAACUGAAUGGGGGAAUGCGACAUUUAAAGGGUUGCUAUGUCAACAUUGACCAUUUUAAAAGCCAAGUUCAGGUCUUCUCCAGACUAAGUGGUGAUGGACAGCCACCAAAGCGUGUUGGCAAUCAGGAUUGGUUUUAGUCACAGAGAGCAAAAUUUUUUCUUGUAGAUGGUCAAGAUUGAUUCUAGUGGAAAUCUGUUAUCAACAUUGUGUUUACAUUUAUCAGUGCACAUGUCAAUGUAUACACACAUGUGAACACCUUUGUGCUCCUGUAAAGUUGGUGUCACACGUCUUGAGACACUUAGGUGCACAAACGAGAGACUUCAAAAAGGGAAUAAAGAUGGACUUAUCUGUCAUUUUAUAGCCCCUUGCUGCAACACAAAAAUGUACAAACGUUCAAAAAAAAAAA